CAGAUGAUGAGCCUGACAGGAGGAGGAGUCAUCGCGUGAAGCGGGGCGGCGGAGCGCGUCCAGACCGAGCAGAGCAGCGUCUGUCCGGGUGUGAACUGAAACCUGUUGUAGCUGCAGUUUCAGACAUGUUCCCACUAAAGUGCUGAUGGGUCAAAAGCGUGCGAGACAGACAGACAGACAGACAGACAGACAGACAGAGCUGCAGGAGACUGAAUCAUUUCUUCCCAAGAAACACGUCAGCCAUCAUCACAGAGCCUUCAUGUGGACUGACAGUCCAAACAGAAGAUGGAGACAUGUUGAGUGGUGAGCUCCAGAUGUGAUGGGAGGACAGAGGUGGACAGCAGCUGGACAUGAGAUGAACUCGUGAAUAAAGAAUCCUCUGAGGAAAAGAAGAAGGGGAGAAGAUGAAGCUGAACGAACGCAGCGUGGCACACUAUGCCACCUGUGACUCCCCACCAGACAAGACAGGCUUCCUGUUCAAAAAGGGCGAGCGCAACACGGCUUAUCACCGGCGCUGGUUUGUCCUGAAAGGGAACAUGCUCUUCUACUUUGAGGAGCGUGACAGCCGAGAGCCCAUUGGCGUCAUCGUCCUGGAAGGAUGCACCGUGGAGCUGUGCGAGUCAGCCGAGGAGUUCGCCUUCGCCGUCAAGUUCGACUGUGCCAAAGCUCGCGUGUACAAGAUGGCUUCUGACAGUCAGGUGGCUAUGGAGUCAUGGGUGAAAGCUUUGUCCAGGGCCAGCUUUGACUACAUGAGGCUGGUUGUGAAAGAGCUGGAGAGGCAGCUGGAGGAGAUCCAGGAGGCUGCAGGAGGCAGCUGUGUCGGGGCUGCAGUCGGAGGCAUGCAGGGUAGGCCCAAACUGUCCAGACGAAACCAGGUUGCGCGGUCUAGGUCAGGAGCAUCUUCUUCUUCAUCCUCUUCAUCCUCUUUAUCAUCGUCAUCAAGUGCUCCUCCCAUGUUAGUCCCCUUCUCCGCUCAAAAGAGCAGCCAGGAUGAGGUGCAGCUUGUCUCUGGCUGCUCCAAAGAGAACGGGGUUGCAUGGAGUAAACCACCAGUUGCCUUGGCUAAUGGCUUUGUUGAGGGAGGGUCUUCCUGUGUGGCCUGGGAAGGCUGUGCAGACCCUGGGAGUAGCACUGUGAUCGGCUAUGGGGCAGAGGGUGUGAGGGCUCCACCAGUGCCACCGAGGAGAAGAGGAGCAUCUCUGGAAAGCCCCGUCUGCCCCGGCACCGUCUGCUUCUCCAAACUCCAUGACUGGUACGGCAAAGAGGUGGAGGACUUAAGAAUGCAGUGGCUGCAGAGCCAGUAAUGAUGAUGAAUGAAAUGGGUCAUUUAUUUUUCCACAUUAGAUCAUUCCUCCCUGAACAUCCUGAAAUGUUACACCCUUCUGGACUGAGCAGAAAGGCGAGGAAGCUUGGACCUAAUUCCAGAAUGCAGUCUUAACUCCAAUCAAAAAAGACAAAAACAAAAAUCUCCGAUUGAUUCCAAAUCUUGUCUGGCACAGGUGAAUCAGUCAGUCUUAAAGAAUAACACUAUCCACUAUACGGUCCAAGACUCUUUUAAAUUCCAAAUAGGCUUUUUUUUCUACAGUUUUGCACAUUGUCUUUUUUCCAAAGUACAACAUGACUUUUUCUUACAAGAUAUAAAGGGUUGGGGCCAUGUAAUGGAUAAAACUGAUUCAGACCUUUUCUGCCCAUCGAGCUUCUAAAUGUACUUGUGCAAUUGUUGUAGGGUCCAUUUUCUUUAAAGCGGUAGGAACACGAUCUAAAAUAAUGUUUUGCUGUAGUUACACAUACAAACUAUUAUACCAUGCAUCUGAAAAAGACCCCAAAAACAACAUGUAGCUGCUAAACUCAUCACAGUUUUGUCUUUUUCUGAUGGAAGGGAAAUAGGUUAUAUGCUAUUGAAACAACAAAGGUCACCUAAAUAACAAUCUAAUGACACAACAAAUCAAAGUAGAUCUUAAUGCUAUAGUGAUAUAUAUCAACCACGGGGCAUAGAAAAUCAGGUCUCUGGUGAUGUCCGGGUUAUUUACUGUGGAUGAUGAAACCGUAAACAUCUUAAGGUGCUUGAAUCAGGAAAUUAAGACGAUAAAAUUUAAGAAGUUCCCGAUAAAUAUUUGAGCAGUUGGUGAUAGCUUCUAAAUUAUCCAUUAGCAUCUUAAUUCAUGAUUUUAGGUUUCCUGCAACUUUAAACCAACAUCAAACCCAGAUCUUUUUAGCAGAGCACUGAGGCUGCUCUGAGGAUAAGAAGUGUUGUUAGUGGGGAAAACGAGUCCAGAUUCUCCUCCUUUCUCCCACUGGGGCAGCUCUCGCCUCAGAGACCUCGCGGUUGCUAAUGUCAGAGCAUCCUCUCGACAGUCACCGGGGACCGAGGUGGGAGCUGGAUGUCUCGCUCAGAGUUGCACACCCUGUUAUUUUUAGCCCCUGUUAGCCAGCGGCCAGAUGAUGUUGUGUCAUGAGCACUUGUCACUGAGUUCUCUUUUGACUCUUGUACUUCUUAAAAGCAGAUUGUUUAUCCUUUGACCUUGGGCGACGUUACACUUGUCUUCAUAAUUCUCUAAUAAUUUCAUGUCAUACAAUCAAAACUUAAUUUUAUCCAGCUACUUGUCAAAACUUAAUUAAUCUUAGUUAAUCUGAAUGUUACUGAAUGACCGAAGCCUGGGCUGUAUGUGAACAUCUAACGUCUUUUGUGUGGACACAAACACAUUUACUAUUCCAUGUUGGAAAAUUAACACCAGCAGUUUGCAAAAUGGGCCUUUUUAAAAUGAUCGCAUUCUAUAUCAAUCAUGCAGCCUUUUACAUUUUCUUUUAUACGUGCCUUAUGUUAUCUUUAUACCUCUGUUACUACACUUGUAAGCAUUACCAUAGGACCACAGUGAUAGGAGGGUUUGACUAUUCGUCUUUUUCAAUUGUUAUUCUGUUCUUGUGCUGCCAACAGCUUAUCUCGGUGCAAUCACAUUUUUUGACAAUGGCUCAGUUGCUUCAGUCGGCAUCAAUGCACAGUGCUUGUGCAGAAACAACAAUGUGGGAAGAAACGGUACAGUGUGGGUUGUGUAUUCUAACGCAGCAACAUUAAAACGGUAUCCUUUUUUGACAUGUAUUAUCCAAAAUAUUAUGGUUGCAUUAAUGUCAAUUUUAUGAACUCCAGGAAUGUGUUACUGAAAUCACAGAUGACAACUGUUUCUUUUACAAUAAUAUUUAAGGGAAUUUUGAAUAUUUCUAAUUAAACACAUAAAUAAUAAAAAAUAUGUAUCUUUUAUUCAGGAGUGCCAAAUGAGGGAAGCAAACUAAAUGCACAAUUAUAUUUUCCCUCAACUUUUGAUUUUAGUAUCAAUUUUCAAUAUUAUAACACACAGAAUGAGUAUUGCAUUAAAUAACCAAUAAUAUUGAACUCAUUGUGACUGAUAUAUUAUCCUGAAAAGGUGUUUGUCAAUGAAGCAUUUGCUGUAAGCCACUCAAUAAACUGUGCUAAUAUG